AUGCCUCCCAAGUUUGCCCAUCUCCCCCUCUCCACCAGCGGCCCUCUCGACUGCGCCCUUAGCGGCACCGCAGUACUAAACCACCCCUUUUUCAACAAAGGCUCGGCCUUUACGGCCGCCGAGAGGAGAGACUUCGGUCUGCUCGGCCUCCUCCCUCAAAAUGUCCAGACGUUGGAGCAGCAGGUCAACCGCGCAUAUGCCCAGUAUUCAUCACGGCCCGAUGACCUGGCCAAAAACACAUUUCUGACCUCGCUCAAGGAGCAGAACGAGGUGCUCUUUUACCGGCUGCUGCAUGACAACCUGCCCGAGAUGUUUGGCGUCGUCUACACCCCGACCGAGGGCGACGCGAUCCAGAACUACUCGAGGCUGUUUCGCAGGCCCGAGGGCUGCUUCCUCAACGUCAACGACGUGGACCGCGUCAGGGAGGACCUGCAGCGCUGGGGCCGCCCCGAGGACGUCGACUACAUCGUCGUCUCGGACGGCGAGGAGAUCCUGGGCAUCGGCGACCAGGGCUGCGGCGGCAUCCUCAUCAGCAUCGCCAAGCUCGUCCUGACCACGCUCUGUGCCGGCCUCCACCCGAACCGCACCCUUCCCGUCGUCCUCGACUGCGGCACCGACAACCAGGCCCUGCUUGACGACCCGCUGUACCUGGGCCUGCGGGAGCGGCGCGUGAGGGGGGAAAAGUACGACUCGCUGGUGCGUGAGUUCGUCGCCGCCGCGAGGGACCUGUUCCCCCGCGCCGUCAUCCACUUUGAGGAUUUCGGCGUCACCAACGCCCGCCGCAUCCUCGACACGUACCGUCCGCACGCGCCCGUCUUCAACGACGACGUCCAGGGUACGGGCUGCGUCGUGCUCGCGGCCAUCAUGGCGGGCAUGCAUGUCGCGGGCCUAAAAAUCCAGGACCUGCGCAUGGUGGUGUUUGGCGCCGGGUCGGCCGGCACGGGCAUCGCGGACAUGGUGAGGGACGCCAUUGCCGAGGAGAGCGGUUGCGGCAAGGACGCCGCGGCGGAGCAGAUCUGGCUCGUCGACAAGCCGGGACUGCUGACGACUGCAACGGACAACGACGCCGCCCAGAAGCCCUACGCCAAGAAGCCCUCGGACGACGAGGGCAGCAAGGGGACGGACCUGCUCGCGGUCGUCGAACAAGUCCGCCCCAACGUCCUGAUCGGCACGUCAACGGUGCCUGGUGCCUUCACCGAGGAGGUGGUGCGGGCCAUGGCCAAACACGCCCCGCGGCCCAUCAUCAUGCCGCUGUCGAACCCGACGCGGCUGCACGAGGCCGUCCCCGCGGACCUGAUGGCGUGGACGGACGGCAAGGCGCUGGUGGCGACGGGGUCGCCGUUCCCUCGGGUGAAAAUGGACGAUGGUCACGAGGUCGAUAUCGCAGAGUGCAACAACAGCGUCGUGUUCCCGGGCAUCGCGCUCGGGAGCGUCCUCAGCAGGGCGCGGCUGGUGACGGAUGCGAUGCUCGUCGGGGCCGUCAAGGCCGUCGCUGCCAUGAGCCCCGCCCUCGAGGACCCCGCCGGUGCCCUGCUGCCCGGGGUGGACGUGGUGAGGAAAGUCAGCGUCGCGGUUGCCAGCGGCGUCAUCCGCGCCGCUCUGCGGGAGGGCGUCGCCACGGAAGAGGGCAUACCCCAUGGGGACGACGAUGGAGACCUGGAGGAGUGGGUGAGGGAGCAGAUGUGGGAUCCCGUCUAUCGGGAGCUGAGGAAGGUCGAGGGUGGUGACGCGACCAGGGAGGCGAAAGGAGAAAUGAAACAGGCUGGGACCUUGGAGGGGCGAAAGUCUGUGUAG